AGAGCGCCAGCCCCAAAGCGAGCGACAUGUCCCUGCGGGGAGCAGUGCCUCUGCACCCCAGAGUGAGGAGGACGCAGGGGUCAGAGGUGGCUGCAGGGCUGGCAGAGGAGGGGCCCACAGAGGGGGGCGAACCAGAGGCCCGGGAGCCACCACGCAGGAAGGUCAGCUGGUGACCAGUGAGCCCAGAGGCGUCUGGGGCUGCGAGCAGAGCCGGAAGACUGCAGCCAUGCCUCACAGCUCGGACAGCAGCGACUCCAGCUUCAGCCGCUCUCCUCCCCCGGGCAAGCAGGACUCAUCUGAUGAUGCGAGAAAAGUUCAGAGAAGGGAGAAAAAUCGCAUCGCUGCGCAGAAGAGCCGGCAGAGGCAGACGCAGAAGGCUGACACGCUGCAUCUGGAGAGUGAAGACCUGGAGAAACAGAACGCAGCUCUGCGCAAGGAGAUCAAGCAGCUCACAGAGGAGGUGAAGUACUUCUCAUCGGUGCUGAGCAGCCAUGAGCCCCUGUGCUCGGUGCUGGCCACCAGCACACCCUCGCCCCCCGAAGUGGUGUACAGUGCCCACGCCUUCCACCAGCCUCACGUCAGCUCCCCGCGCUUCCAGCCCUGAGCUUCCAGAGGUGGACAGAACAGAGCCCCUCCUCUCGGCUGCUCCAGGAGGCUUCCAUGGGGGCACACAGACUGGGGUCAGCAGCCCUCAGCCCUCAGAGCCCUCUCUCUCUCUCCGGAGCCCAGAGGCAGAGGCCUGGACAGGGUGAGCACAGGACUGCAGCAGUUGGAACUGUGUGUGGCCUUCAGCAGCGUGAACACCCGUCGGAGUGUACCGGACCCCAUGUGGGCGGAAACCUGAUCUAAGCCUAUGGCACAUGA